AUGUGUUGUCCAAAUCCCAGAAGACAAAAAAGAACAAGACGAAUGCCUGCUGCAGAGUGGCCUGCAUCCUCUUACACCGUAUGUUGGACUUGGCCUGUGCGCGACUGUCUAAGUUGUCUCCGGCCCCUUUGCAAAGCUGGAGGGCAUCUUUCCUGA